GUGCAGGGAAUCUGCUCGUGUCACAAGGAAGUGUUGUCGUGCUGUUGUUACUUCCCGUACAAUGAAGCCGAUGAGAAAUCGCAAGCAAGCCCCGAGCUUUCGCAAACUGCUGAAAACUAGUAAAUUAAAACUUGACAACAAAUUAAAGAAUAAGCAGUUCAAGCAGGAGAGCUCUGCGAAGAAGCGACGGAAAGAGCAGAAGCAACUUAGAGAGGCUGUGCGAGAUGUCAGAUCAAAGAUCCCAAAGCCACUGGAAACUGUCAAGAAGAAGCAGCCAGUUGAAGAAGAAUAUGAAGUGGAAGAAGAAUCUCUGCCCUUGGACAUGAUGGACGAGGAUGACGUGCAGCUCAUGAAGGAAAUGGCUCAGCGGGCAUCCUUUCUAACUAGAGACCUGACCUACAGUGAGCCAGUUCAUGCAAAUAAAAGGAAACGGGACGAUGUGAUUAAUAAAUACGAGAAGAUGCCCAGAAAGAGUAAAUCUGAGCCAGAGAAAGAGGUGAUUCAUUUGCUACCCAUUAAAGAUCGACAUGGCAUCAUCCCCCAGACCAUGGAAAAGCCAGUUAUCCCAUCAGAGGAACAGGAGGAGAACGAAGAAGAGAUGGAUACUGAACACACUGAAGAGGUGCCUGAGGAACCAUUGAGAAUAAUGACCACAGAGGAAUUGUUGGUGCAUAGACAGGUCACGCUGGAGCAGAGGAAGACUCAGAUUGCAACCCUGGCAUCAGCUAUACUCUCAGAGCCAGAAAACAAUAUCAGAAAACUGAAGGAACUGCGAUCAAUGCUCAUGGAACAGGAUCCUUCUGUCGCCGUGACUGUAAGAAAGCUUGUCAUGCUCUCACUGAUGGAAGUUUUUAAAGACAUUACCCCAUCCUAUAAAAUUCGCCCUCUGACAGAAGCAGAAAAAGCUGCGAGGGUCAAAAAAGAUACUCAGAAGCUCAGAGAGUUUGAAGAAGGACUGAUCAGUCAGUACAAGUUUUAUUUGGAGAACCUUGAACAGAUUUUAAAAGACUGGAAGCAGAUGAAGACAAAGAAGAGUGAGGUUGUCUCUUUACAUGCCUACAAAGGCUUGGCCGAGAUUGCGGUGAAAUGCCUGUGUGAGCUCAUGGUGUCUUUGUCGCACUUCAACUUUCACAACAACAUCAUCGUCCUCGUCGUUCCUCUCGUUAAUGACAAAUGCAGACAGAUUUCAGAAUUGUCCAUGGAGGCAACCAGAAAGCUUUUCAGACAAGAUAAGUUUGGCCAUGCAUCUCUGGCUGCUGUAAAAGUCAUCUCUGGCCUAGUCAAGAGCAGAAAUUACGAUGUCCGACCAGAGGUACUGCAACUCCUAUUGCAUUUAAGGAUUAAGGAAGUGGAAGUGAAGAAAGAUACAGAGGACAUCGCUCCCAAACAAAAGAUUAUGUCCUACAAAGACAAGAAAAAAAACCUGUCCAGGAUGCAGAGGAAGUGGAAAAAGGCAGAAGAGAAACUGGAGCGUGAGCUGCUGGAAGCAGAAGCAUCGGAGAGCAAGGAAAAGAAACUGAAGUUGAAUACAGAAACACUGAAUAUUGUGUUUUUAACAUACUUCAGAAUAUUGAAGAGAGCACAGAAAUCUGUCCUGCUUCCUUCAGUUUUGGAGGGUCUUGCUAAGUUUGCCCAUUUAAUCAACGUGGAAUUUUUCGACGACCUCCUUAUAGUUCUUCACAAACUCAUUGAUUCUGGUGAUCUGACGUAUAGAGAAAGCUUGCACUGUGUCCAGACUGCUUUUAAUAUCCUCUCUGGCCAAGGUGAUGUUCUCAAUAUUGAUCCUCUGAAAUUUUACACUCACCUUUACAAAACCCUCUAUGGGCUCCAUGCAGGUGCUACGAAUGACGACACUUUAAUAGCACUGCAGUGUCUGGACGUGAUGCUCACCAGGCGCAGGAGGCAAGUGUCCCAGCAGAGGGCGCUAGCUUUCAUAAAACGACUUUCUACAUUGGCGCUACAUGUCCUUCCAGAUUCCAGCAUUGGUAUCUUGUCCACAAACAGAGUUCUGAUGCAGACAUUCCCAAAGACUGACCUCUUGUUGGACAGUGAUUCCCAAGGUAGUGGCAUCUAUCUGCCUGAGCUUGAUGAGCCCGAGUACUGUAAUGCCCAGAAUAGUGCUUUGUGGGAGCUUCAUACCUUGAUGAGACAUUAUCAUCCGGUCGUGCAGAUAUUUGCUGCGCACCUUUCUGCCGGUGCUCCAUCCGAGGGGUCGGGUGCUUUAAAAGCAGAGCUAAGUCGCAGGUCUGCUCAAGAACUUUUUGCGGAUUACAGUAUAAAGGAGAUGACAUUCAAUCCCCCUGUUUCAGAGUCUGUACCAAAGAGAAAGACUAAAAGUAGAGCGUUUGACUUGAGCGAAGACCUGGAGCAACUCAUUCAGGCUCAGCUUGAAAAGGUGUCGUCAUUACAUGUGGACUUUUCCUCCUGUAUUAAAGCGCAAUCUGUGUGACCAAAUGAGGACCUCUCCCCGUUUUCCUCAAGCGGACGCAGAAAGAGGAAACCUUCUCUGAAACAAGGAUUGCUUUAUUCAAGAGCACUGCCUGUUGGACUUUCAGUUCAAGCCCCCCAUGGAGGUCCAGCCUUUGGUCAGGGCCUCAGUUAACUCAAACAUGUUUACAGAUGUAGGGAAAUAAUGGUGUAUAACCAUAUUUAUGUAGGACAGCCCCAAAUGUGUGACCUUCAAGUCCAUCUUUCUAUUGUUUCUAGCAGAAGAAGUCGGCAUUCUGCCCCAAUCUCCCCCAAGCAUUUAGCAACUGUUGCUCGUUCAUUGCUGCAGCAUCAACAUUUCUCAUCUCUUAAAGCAGAAGAGUCGCAAAUUCUUGACACACAUCAUUUUAAUUCAACAUAUACAAAUACAACAGUGUUUUCAAGUCUGUCUAUGUUAAGUAGUCUGGAUCAAAGAGAGAUCUCCCAUGUACAAAUCCCACACACGUUUGUAAAACUGGCACAAAAUGUCCGAUAUCAAAACACUGACAUGCAUAAAUUAGGCACAAUCACGACAAAAAUCUGAGAUAUACACAAUACAUUUACAGUUUAACAUUGCCUUUAAUCAGUGGCUCGUUGGGCUGUGAUUCGUGAUGGGCGAAUUUCUCCCGUUUGGCGAAACUAGAAUUUUCCACAUUAACGCCCCAUUCGUGUAAAUUUUGAUGCCAGCGUUAGUCAAUGGGUGUCUGAUUAGUAUUGACGCGUGACUGUUUUGAUGCGAUCAACUUUUUCAACGCGCACCCAAUUUUUUUUUUGACGCUAGCAAAUUGGAAUUUCAGCGAACGUAUUCACUGGGAGGCGAAAAGCGGAAAAUUUGCUGCAAACGAAUUUAUUCGCCCAUCACUAGCUGUGAUGGCUGCUAAUAGGUAAACAGAUUGCUUUGGUAAAGAUGUGGUUGUUGUGGUGUAACUGGUGCCUGUUACACCGAGAAAGGGAGUGUCCUGUGCUGAAGACUCACAUCUACCCUAUGUACAUACUGACUGUGUCAAAAAACAAAACCAAAACAAUUUUUUCAGCAACAAAUAAUAAAGAAGUGUGCCUUAGUGCUAUAUUCCUUUUUUUUUUGUAUUCUAUUCCUUCUGUUUGAGUAUGAGCACAGUGUUAAUAUUAGCACUCAAAUUGCCAGUGAUGAAAUGUAUUUUUUUUCAUGAAAAUGAACUAUGUUUUAAUUCAUAUUCCUUUUGAGAUUUGCAAUAUCCGGGGGUACAGUUUCCCUUUAAUAAACACAAAAAGCAA